AUGAAUCCCAUCGCUGAAUCCCACCACUGCAUGAAUCCCCAUGCUGAAUCCCUCCACUGCAUGAAUCCCAUCGCUGAUUUCUUCCACUGCAUGAAUACCAACGCUGAAUGCCUCCACUGCAUGAAUCCCAUCGCUGAUUUCUUCCACUGCAUGAAUCCCAUCGCUGAAUGCCUCCACUGCAUGAAUCCCACCGCUCAUUUCUUCCACUGCAUGAAUCCCAUCGCUGAAUCCCUCCACUGCAUGAAUCCCACCGCUGAAUCCCUCCACUGCAUGAAUCCCACCGCUGAAUCCCACCACUGCAUGAAUCCCCACGCUGAAUCACUCCACUGCAUGUAUCCCACCACUGAUUUCUUCCACUGCAUGAAUCCCAUCGCUGAAUCCCACCACUGGAUGAAUCCCCAUGCUGAAUCCCUCCACUGCAUGAAUCCCAUCGCUGAAUCCCACCACUGCAUGAAUACCAACGCUGAAUGCCUCCACUGCAUGAAUCCCAUCGCUGAUUUCUUCCACUGCAUGAAUCCCAAAGCUGAAUCCCACCACUGCAUGAAUCCCCAUGCUGAAUACCUCCACUGCAUGAAUCCCAACGCAUGA